AUGACCCAGACAUUCUGGGCCUCCUGUCUUUUCCCACUGUUUAUAGCAGCCUUGGCUCAGGAGCCUCUGAAUCCUCAAAAAGCAAAGGUGGAUUGUAACAAAGGGGUGACUGGCACCAUCUUUGAGUAUGGAGCCAAGACCCUGAACGGCAAGGAAUAUGUUCAGUUCCAGCAGUAUGCAGGGAAGCACAUCCUCUUUGUCAACGUGGCGUCCUUCUGUGGCCUGACAGCUACUUAUCCUGAACUGAACAGACUGCAGGAGGAGCUGAAGCAGUUCAAUGUCAUUGUGUUGGGCUUUCCUUGCAACCAGUUUGGAAAACAAGAACCUGCAAAAAACUCAGAGAUCCUCCUUGGACUCAAGUAUGUGCGUCCAGGAGGUGGCUAUGUGCCCAAUUUCCAGCUUUUUGAGAAAGGGGAUGUGAAUGGAGAAAAUGAACAAAAGAUUUUUUCUUUCCUAAAGAACUCCUGCCCUCCCACCUCUGAACUUUUGGGCUCAUCAGAAUAUCUCUUCUGGAAUCCCAUGAGGGUCCAUGACAUCCGCUGGAACUUUGAGAAGUUCCUGGUGGGACCUGAUGGAGUCCCUGUCAUGCGCUGGUUCCACAUGACUCCUGUCAGCACUGUCCAAUCAGACAUCAUGGAGUACCUAAACCAAACUCUUACCCACUAGGAUAUGCUUUACAAAUAAUGUCUUUGCCCCAUUCCUUCACCAGCCUCCACAUGACCAAAGCAUGCAGCAUUACCUGUGUCCCUACUAGUGCAUGUGUGAACAGCUCUGUAUGCAGAAGUGUGUACAUGCACUGAAAAUUAAGUCAAAGAAAAUCUAUCUACCCAAAUAUCUGAUUCUGCUAUAUCAAGUUUUCCUAAUCUAUUCCAAAAGGAAGUCAUAUUGUAGUGUUGAUGAUCCAGACUAUCCCAUCCACCUAAAACAGCAACCCUGCAAAGGUCCUAAUCUAUCACUGUCCUGGUGGGUUAAAAGAAGUGAAAACGGAUAGCAAGAUCAUCUGAAUUCCUUCCCCAGCCUCUUCUCCUCCCAAGCUGGGCAUGCUUUGUCAAGCUCUUCUUCUGUCUAUCCCCUUUGGUGGCACAGCAUUGUACAGCUUUCUUAGGGGAUUCUGAAAGCUGAGAGCAGAAACCUCACCUGGCAUGAAGGGAGGGGCAUCUCCACCCCAU